AUGUUUGUACCAUUUCAAUCUGAGGAAAACCCUAUUGACAAAGCCUCUCAACCUUCCCCAAUUUCUUCACUGACCACCCGAAUAUGGCCUCCAAAUUUUAUGCAAAUAAUUCUUUUGGAGAUAAAAACACAACAAGGGAUAGCUCUGCCCUUGUUGGCAAUGAAUUUGACAUCGUUUUCCAAAACAGCCAUCACAACUGCAUUUCUAGGCAGGCUUGGAGAGCUCCAGUUAGCCGGUGGCACCCUUGGGUUCACUUUUGCUAAUGUCACUGGCUUUUCUGUCUUGAAUGGGCUAUGCGCUGCCAUGGAACCUCUCUGUGGUCAAGCAUAUGGGGCUAAAAAUUUCAGGCUGCUACACAAGACCCUUCUCAUGGUAACUUUCUUGUUGCUAUUAGCAACCCUCCCUAUAUCUUUCUUGUGGCUUAACGUUGACAAAAUUCUAAUCUAUUUUGGCCAACAAGAAGACAUUUCACGUGUUGCGAAGAACUACCUUUUUUAUCUCCUCCCAGACUUAAUAAUCACCUGUUUGCUUUGUCCUCUCAAAGUCUACUUGAGCUCACAAAGUGUAACAAUUCCGAUAAUGUUUAGCUCAGCAUUGGGCCUAGCUUUUCACAUCCCGAUCAACAUCUUACUUGCCAAAGCCAAGGGUCUUGAGGGAGUGACUAUGGCAAUAUGGAUAACUGAUCUUAUGGUUAUGAUUUUACUUGCUUCAUACGUGUUGAUGAUGGAAAACAGGAAAGGAGUGAAGUGGAGGGAGGGAGGGUGGUUAGACCAGGGCGUUGAUGACUGGCUCAGGUUGCUAAAACUUUGUGCACCAUGUUGCCUUACUACCUGCCUUGAAUGGUGGUGCUGGGAGAUCUUGAUCUUGCUUACAGGACGACUACCAAAUGCCAAGCAAGCAGUUGGGGUGAUAGCAAUUGCGCUGAACUUUGACUACUUGCUUUUCUCUGUGAUGGUAUCACUAGCAACUUGUGCUUCCACUCGUGUGUCAAAUGAGCUUGGUGCAAAUCAAGCAGCUCGUGCUUACCAGUCUGCAUUUGUGUCUCUGGGAGCAGGCACCAUUUCAGGUUGCGUUGGUGCCUUGGUGAUGGUAGGAGCUAGAGGUGCAUGGGGGUCUCUGUUUAGCCAUGAUCAGGGAAUCAUAAAAGGUGUAAAGAAGAUGAUGUUGCUAAUGGCUUUGAUUGAAAUAGUAAAUUUUCCUUUAGUAGUUUGUGGAGGCAUCGUCCGGGGAACAGCUAGGCCAUGGUUGGGCAUGUAUGCCAAUCUUGGUGGGUUCUACUUUGUAGCCUUGCCAACAGCAGUACUCUUAGCCUUCAAAGCAGCACUAGGGCUCGGUGGGUUGUUGAUAGGCUUCUUGAUUGGAUUGGCUGCGUGCUUGAUUUUGUUACUAGUGUUCGUUGCGAGGAUUGAUUGGGAAGUAGAAGCUGACAAGGCACAAAAACUUGCGUCCUGCGACUUGCAGAAGGAUGAUAAACAAUGCGUGAAUCACUGA